CCAAGCGUUUUUUUCCCCUUGUCACUGUUUCAGCCCCAAGAUGAAAUAGAAGUUGAAGAUGGGUUUAAACAGUAUGACGUGAUCAGUGCAUUAGAUAUGGAAGCUAUGAUGAGUACCAUAAACGCUUGGAUAAAAAACCCAGUCAAGUUUGAACGUUCUCAUGGGAUCAACAACACGCUGGAUGCCCAGAUCUUACAGGAUAAGGAGAGAGAAGAUAAAACAAUUCACAUUCUUAUUGUUGAAGGCUUCCUACUUUACACCUAUAGGCCACUGAUUGAUGUAUUCCACCAUCGAUACUUUCUUUCCAUUCCAUAUGAAGAGUGCAAAAGGAGAAGAAGUUCAAGGAAUUACACUGUACCAGAUCCACCCGGAUUGUUUGAUGGCCAUGUUUGGCCUAUGUAUGUAAAGCACAGGAAGAUAAUGGAAGAUCUUGGAGUCGAUGUAGUGCACUUGAAUGGAACAAAAUCAAAGGAGGAGCUGUUUAACGAUGUGUAUGGACAGAUCCAGAAUAAGAUUGAAGAACUACUUAAAAUGCAGAAAUAAGCUGCUGCUGCUGAUUCUUGUGAGUGAAGAUGAUUCCUGUUUGCUCUACGCUGCCUGCCUGACUGCCACUAAAGUUCCAGCUUCUGUGAAGACUCCCAACUCUUAAAUUUAACUUUGUUCA